AUGCCUUUAUUCCCUCGUACUGCUACUGAUCAGCGCAUCUGGAAGGCUACUGCAGACGGAUCUUACACUGUCAAAUCAGCAUAUCGUCUUUGUUCAGACCUUAUAACUGCCAUCAAUCCCAUCCAACAUGAUUAUCGUUGGAAUUCUAUAUGGAAUUUGCAGAUCCCACCACGAGUUCGAGCUUUUCUUUGGCGCCUUGCUCAACAUUGUCUGCCAACUCGUGCUAAUCUUCUUACCUGUGGUAUUCCAUGUGAUGACUCGUUACACCCGCAGCAGCAAGUAUUAGCUGCUAUGACUCUCUGGAGCUUGUGGAAGAGUCGUAAUUCCAAACUUUGGGAGGCCACAGAUACUACUCCAAUUUCUAUUGUCACUCGAGCAAAGGAUGCCAUCAACGAAUGGAGUUGUAUGCAACGAGAAAAGGCACCAAUUCACCACGCAAAUUCUGUCCACUCCUGGAUCAAACCACCGAUAGGUACAAUUAAAUGCAAUGUCGAUGCAGCUGCAUUUAAUAAUAAUUCUAUCAUGGGGUAUGGUAUGUGUUUUCGCGACUAUACGGGUACUUUCUUACUUGGGAAAUCAGACUUUUAUCACUCAUCAGCCACUGUUUUGGAGGCAGAAUCUCUAGCCUUGCUUGAUGCUAUUAAAGUGGCUAUUUCAAAUGAGAUGCAUGUUGUAUUAUUUGAAACUGAUUCGAAGAUCUUAGCUGAUGCACUCACCAAUAACUCUUCCCCUACCAAUGAGUUUGGAGAUCUUGUAACCCAAUGUAGAAGUCUCUUACUUGAUAAACCCGACUUUGCAGUGUCGUAUGUUGGCAAGCAAAUAGUGUUGCUCAUAGUAUUGCUCGAGCUUCGCUAUCUCAUCCUAGCCCCCAUAUUUUUCAUCAUGUAUUGCCUACUUUGUACCGCUUAA